AUGGCGAUGUUGAAUGACCUGUUGUCACUCCUGAGCACAAUUUCCCUCAGCAAAUCGCAAGACACUCUCAUCUGGAAACCUACUCAAGGGUCUUUCUCAACUUCUGAGGCGCAUAAACUCAUCAGAUCGUCCUCUUCAAUUCAUACUCCGACUCAACACUGGAACGUGAUCUGGAAGCUAAAAGUUCUCCCUGAAAUCAUAAAUUUCAUAUGGAAGCUUGCAUGGGGAGCCCUUCCUACCAAAUCCAUUUUAAGCCAAAGAUUGAAGACCACAGAUUCCUCUUGCCAGUGGUGCACUUUGUCCCCCGAAACGCUAAGCCACCUAUUCUGGGAGUGUCAGCUUGCUACGUGGGCAUUGAGCUUUAUUCAGUCAUGGUGGAAUAUAAGCCGUAAUACUUUCUACAGAGCGAGUAACAACCUAUUUCGUCUCCUAAAAUUCUUCAGUCAAAAACACAUAAAUAGGAUCUGGAAAACGGUGGUGGCAGCAACUCUAUGGACAAUCUGGUUAGCACGUAACGAGGCAAUUUUUAAUGAUGUCCGUUUAAAGCAAACUGACAUACAUGAACUAAUUCAGUUAAGGGUCUCAAUAUGGGGUAUGGCUUCCGGGAUCAUCCCUUUUUCGCACAUUCCUACGUGGAAAGUGAAUUCAGUGGGCACCAUAAAUGUACAUCAUCACCUUGACGUUUCAAACUACUGGAAAAUUAGGCUUGAGAAUUUCUUCGCAGUCUGCAUGGUAGAUGCAGCAUGGCUACCUAAUUGCAUGGCAAAGGGAGGGAUUGGUGGAGUCAUAAAAAAUAAGUGGGGGAGAAUAAUCUACAGUUUCUCUGGCCCUGCCAAAGCACAAAACAUACUUGAGGCUGAGAUAAGUGCCUUGCUGCAUGUCUUUAAUGUCAUCAGGACAUCACACCUGCACAUGCAUAAACUGGUGGUAUGUUCAGAUUCGAUUCUGGCAAUUGAUUCCAUCUACGAGGGAUUGGAAAAAACAUUCCCUUUGCUGGCUCCAAAUUACAAUAUCAACUCCCUGCUUCAAAAUUCUGUAACAAUUAAUCUUGUCCCCUCUGUAAUAAAUGUAGAGGCAGAAACUCUAGCAAAGAAUGGAGCCUCUAAAACAUUUAUUUCCUGCCGUUGGGCUUUGGAACAAGAUUAG